AUGGACCUUGUAGAACAUGUGAGCCAGUUCAAUCAAAGGAUGACUAUCCAUUCUAAGGAUGAGGCUUUGAUGUGCAAGGUGUUUCCAUCCAAUUUAGGACCUAUGGCGAUGAGAUGGUUCGAUGGCCUGAGGGCCAAUUCCAUAGAUUCCUUUAAGGAGCUCACCUGGGCUUUUGGCUCUUGUUUUAUCACGUGUAGUAGGGUGCCUCGGCCUUUGGACUUACUACUAUCCUUAUCCAUGCGAGAGGGAGAGACUCUGAAGACGUACUCAAAUAGAUACUGGGAAAUGUUCAACGAGAUUGAUGGUGACUUUGAUGACGUGGCCAUCAGCACCUUCAAGGUCGGCCUCCCAGCCAAGCACGGUUUAAGGAAGUCUAUAACUGGCAAGCCUAUCACCAGUGUGCACCAACUUAUGGACCGGAUUGAUAAGUACAAGAGGGUUGAGGAAGACCAGUAG